CCUCUCUCUCUCGGGGGCGUACGCUCCUCUCUCCGCGGCGGAGACGAACGCAUCGAUCGCAUAUUCGGGAGCGGGGGGGAGAGCUCCAGCAAGAAGCGCUUCUUGUUGCAGCGGGAGGCCGGUCUCCCUCUCUUUUGCCGUUGAAACGAGAUCAGCUUUGUCGCGCUCUCUCUCCGGUGGCAGGUUUCCAGGUUGGCAGGCAGAGGGUUAGAAGAGGAGAGCACGCGAACAGGACCGAGGGGUAGACUGCGAGGGGAGAGGCCCGAAGGAAGGAAGGAAGGCAGGCAGGCAGGCACGGGGGAGGACGGGGAGGGCACUGGAGUGGAGUUGAGUGGCAGUGGCAGUGGGAGUGGGAGGGCGGACUGCAGAGCCGAGUGUGCUUCGGAAGCGAGGUUUUCUCGUGUCGUGAGAUCUGGAGAUCCAGAUUAGGGGUAGACGGUUUGGUCGUGGGGGUGUUGAUUGACUGAUUGAUCGAUUGAUUGAUCGGGUGAUUCUUGAUUGGCGCGGGCGAGGUUUUGGGCUCGGAGGCGCUCGCGGAUGCGGGAAUGAGAAGAGUGGGAAAGGGCGACGGUGUGGAGUUUGUUGCGACGAGUUGGAUGGAUUGCUGAUGGUGGCGACGCGACAGGGAUAGUUUGGUGGCGGUAGAUCAGGUCAGGGUGUAGAAGGAGGUUUGAAGAGCGAGAGUGGUGAGUGACACAGUGGCGGAUAUCGAAAUGGCGCAAGCGGCGUCGGACUCAUGGCUGAAGGAGUUCGAGGAGGCCAUGCGGCUCGCGGACGAUAUCUUGGCCCGAAUUAAUGAGAGAAAUAUGAUGCUGGCGUCCGGCAAUGAUCCGACACGCCUCGUCUCAGCGACACGCAGGAAAAUUACCAUGCUUGGCACGAAGCUUGAUCGGCUGGAAUCUCUUCUGCAAAAUCCUCCCAUCAAACCGAGCAUAAGCGAGAAGGAGAUGUAUCGCCGCCAGGACAUGCUACUGGGUAUACGCUUCAGGACCAAGCAAAUGGCAGCAGCUUUGAGCACUUCUCAGCCUUCCAAUAGAGCAACUCUUAUGGGAACUGAUUCCCGAUCAGCACCACCGGAGGAGACUAGUAGGACUACAGGUCUCGAUAACUACGGGAUUAUCAACAUGCAGAAGCAAGUAAUGAAAGCACAAGACGACGAUCUGGCUGGUCUGGAAGCAACUGUCACCAGCACAAAGCACAUUGCUUUGGCAGUCCACGAGGAGCUGGACUUGCAAAAUCACCUACUGAAUGAUUUGGACAAGGAUGCAGACGACACCAACAACCGACUCAAGGCUGCACAGCGCAAAAUUGGGAUUCUCAACAAGAAUUCGAACAGGGGCUGCUCUGUUAUGUGCAUGUGCUUGAUGCUCUUAGCAAUUGUGCUACUGGUCUUGAUUGUCUUAAGCUUGGUCAAAUCCUUGUAAGUUUCGAUUCUACGGGUGAAGGUUUCGUAUUUGUGUGUUAAAUGAUUGGAUAUAUCCCAUCAAAGACAAGGUUGAAGACCAGCAGGUUCCAAUCUUGAUAGGUUGUACUUCUAGUGGUCAUUGUACAUACGCCAAAACAAAUAUAAAUUGUGUCUAAGAGCCCUUAUUGAUAGAAAUUCAUUCAAAGCAUUUUGUGAAAAGAAUUAUUCUGGUAAGAAUAGAGGAGUUGAUCAUAGCAAGGAAGGGUAUAUAUCUCUGUUUCUGUUUCCCCCCCUUUUUUUUGAGUGUAGUCUCAAGCUCACUCACUUCUCGAGUACGAUCAGACCCCUCUUAUCAGUAACUUUCUAUUUUUGUAGAUGAAUAAAGUUGUCCCCGAGUUUGAUGUCAUGGUUUUUGAGAAAUAAACAUCCUGUCACAUCCUUUUUUCACUCCG